AUGAAGCUGACACUGGCACUCUGUCGCGGCAAGCGCAUUUACCGCGAUCCUACUGCCAAGCUCAUGGCGAUUCACUGGUGGAAGCGGGGUUCUCUUGCUAAAGUGGAUCGAUAUCGCGUGCACUAUGAUGUGCUGAGGCGAUUACCAAAAGCUUCUACUUCUUUCCUUCCGGAUGAAGCCAAGAUAGAAGACACUUUUUUCUCUUCACGCUAUGACGAAGAGUUGACUCGCGAGACUGUGAUCACUCCCUGCGCCGUCAGCGAAGCAAAGGCGCUGCUACAGGCCCAAAAGGCCCGCGAGGCAGAGCUGUGGUCGGGCCACGCUGGAGACCCGCGCUAUCGCGUUGGUGAGGCAGCACAACGUGUGGGACCGACCCUAUUAUUUGUAGAACAACGGCGCUUCACCAAAGACCUGGAUCAGGCCAGUAUACUGGCUAAUGUGAGUUGGUACUGA